CGCGCGCCCCGCCCCUCCCGGCCCCGGCCGCCGCGGUUGCUGUGGCAGCGGGGACGCGGCUCCGGCGGAGACGGCCGGGCCUCCUCCACCUUUCCCUGUUUCCGAUCGCGACCCCGGGCUCCCGCCGCCGGCCCGCGGCCCCGCCAUGUCCCGGGGGAGGCGCGGCAGCCGCGUGGGCGCCCUGGAGGGCGGCGGGGAGGCAGGGGCGCCCCCGGCGGCGGCGGCCGCGGCGGCCUCGGUGCCCUGGGCGGCCCCGCAGCGGCCGGAGGCGGCGGCCGAGCGGGUGCUGCUCCGGGGCAUCUUCGAGAUCGGGAGGAGCAGCUGCGACAUGGUGCUGAGCGAGCGGGCUCUGAGGUGGCGGCCCAUUCGGCCCGAGCGCCCCUCGGGUGAUUCCAAGUAUGACUUGCUAUGUAAGGAAGAACUUAUUGAACUCAAGGACAUAUUCUCUGUCAAACUGAAACGGCGUUAUUUUGCUAGUGGAAAUGGCACUUUAUUGGGUAUCACACUGUUCAUCUGUUUGAAAAAGGAACGAAAUAAGUUAAAGGAUUCUACACUCGAUCUUAUUAAUUUAAGCGAAGACCACUGCAACAUAUGGUUUCAACAGUUCAAGAAAAUUUUGGCAGGUUUUCCAAACAGACCAAAGUCAUUAAAAAUAUUCCUUAACCCCCAAAGCCACAGAAAGGAAGCUAAACAGAUAUAUUAUGAGAAGGUGGAGCCACUGUUGAAGAUUGCAGGAAUUGAGACUGAUGUAACAAUAACAGAAUAUGAAGGGCAUGCUCUGUCACUGCUAAAGGAAUGUGAACUACAGGGAUUUGAUGGAGUCGUCUGUGUCGGCGGAGACGGUUCCGCCAGCGAAGUAGCCCACGCGCUGCUCCUCAGAGCUCAGCACAGUGCCAGCCUGGAAACAGACCGCAUCCUGAGCCCUGCCCGAGCCCAGCUGCCGCUCGGGGUGAUACCUGCAGGCUCUACCAACGUGCUGGCACAUUCUCUCCAUGGAAUCUCUCACGUGGUAACCGCAACUUUGCACAUUAUAAUGGGGCACAUACAACCCGUCGAUGUCUGCACCUUCAGCACCACUGGCAAGCUUCUUCGCUUUGGGUUCUCGGCCAUGUUUGGCUUUGGUGGAAGGACUUUGGCUCUGGCAGAAAAACAUCGAUGGAUGUCCCCUACCCAACGAAGGGAUUUUGCUGUAAUUCAGGCACUGGCAAAACUUAAGCCAGAGGACUGUGAAAUAUCAUUUUUGCCAUUUAACAGCUCUCCAGAUUUACAAGAAAGAAGGGCACAGGGAUCUCCCAAAUCUGACUGUAAUGCUCAGUGGCAAAUGAUCCAGGGUCAGUUCUUGAAUGUCAGCAUUAUGGCAAUUCCUUGCCUGUGUUCAGUGGCACCUAGAGGUUUGGCACCUGAUACCAGGUUAAAUAAUGGAAGUAUGGCUCUUAUAAUUGCACGGAACACCUCUCGACAGGAAUUUAUAAAACACCUGAAAAGAUACGCCAGUGUUAAAAAUCAGUUCAAUUUUCCAUUCGUUGAGACUUACACUGUUGAAGAAGUAAAAGUUUAUCCAAGGAAUAAAACCAGUGCAUACAGUCUAGAGGAGGAGGAUCAACCACAUGAAACUGCCUCAGAAAACAGGUUCCCCUGGAAUGUAGAUGGCGACUUAAUGGAAGUUACAUCAGAGGUCCACAUUAAAUUACACCCAAGACUUAUCAAUCUUUAUGGUGAAAGCAUGGAAGAAAUGAAUGAUUCCAAAGUAACAUGAUGGAUUUGUACUGUCUUUUAAAGAAGCCAGCCUGAAAAAAUAUUAUUGUAUAAUCACUAGUGCGCAGUUAUUACACUCAUAAAAUAUCUAGACAAUCAAUGGCAACUUAACAUCGGUGAUAUUUUUCUAUGAUUUUAAGUAAAACAAUGUAUAACAAAAUCAAAUUUUUCAUAGGCUAAUUGACACCAUUUGAG